AUGCAGUUGGAAGAGUUUUGGGGAACGGCAGCUCCAAAAUAUGCGAUUUUAUCUCAUAAAUGGGUAGAUGGUGAGGAGGUAUCCUUCCAAGAUAUGGCCCGGGGCACUGUGGAAAGCAAACCAGGCUAUCAAAAGAUCCAAAAGAUGUGCCAUCUUGCGAAAGACAUCAAUCUCGGAUAUGCUUGGGUCGACACAUGUUGUAUCGACAAAAAUAGCAGCGCAGAAUUGUCGGAAUCGAUUAAUUCUAUGUUCCGUUGGUAUCAAGAGUCUGCUAUAUGCUGUGUCUACCUCCACGACCUUGAGAAAGCCGAACAAGUUAACAUUGACAUAUCGCAGUGCAUAUGGUUCACUCGGGGUUGGACACUUCAAGAGCUUAUUGCGCCAGACAAAGUCUUUUUCUACAAUGCUUCCUGGGAGAGAAUCGGUAGUAGGAUGUCACUCAAGACUGAGAUAUCGAACAUCACUGGAAUUGACGAAAGAGUCCUAAUGCGUCUAACAGACGAGCCCUUGGAACUUUCGCAAUUCUCUGUUGCCCAGAGAAUGUCCUGGGCCUCUGCUCGCCACACCACAAAGCCGGAGGAUAUAGCAUAUUGCCUCUUAGGCUUAUUCGAGGUCAAUAUGCCGUUAUUGUACGGAGAAGGGACUGAUUCUUUUCUCAGACUGCAAGAGGCAAUCUUGGAGAAAUCUCAGGAUUUAAGUGUUUUGGCCUGGAAGCCUGUAGAUAAUGUGCAAACCUGUCGUGGGGCUUUCGCACGGUCACCAGCAGAGUUCGCGUGGUGUCGUACUAUAUUUCCCCUAAGUGACAUCAAGGAGGCCGAUGACUUUGCUUUGACUGGUAACGGCCUGCAAAUUACUACUCGUCUCCUGGAGCAUCAUCAACAUGGCACGAAGAAGAGAGCUAGUGAAUUACCAUACUCUCAGCUCGUCUUGCAAUUAAAUUGUGCCAGCUGGGAGGGUGGCCUUGUAGGAUUACUUUUGAAGAAGGUUGGCGAGCGAGCUUAUGUUCGAGAUGUCACCUCAGACGGCGGGAUAAGGCUCGACAACACGUUGGACACGGAGAUAUCCAAAAACUGUUUAAUCCAGCAAAGAAUUAACAUUCCCCGGAACGUCUCCAAUUUGGAAAGCCUCCGAUAUAACAGGUUAAGGGUGUUCGGUACAUACUUCCAUAUUGCGGACGAUCUUAAAGUUAUUCAAGCAAUACCGCCAGAAAGAUGGGAUCCCUGCAUGAACGCCUUCACCUCUACCAUGGCUUGUGCGAUUGUGGCAUUGGUUCUAAGGCCGAAAAAGGCGGAGGACUCUACUGAAGAUUUCGUUGUGAUCAUUACCGGUACUGGUAUGCCAUUCACAGUACUGUCUCAAAGUAUCGAGGAGGCCGACUUUUUUUGGAAGAAUAUUUACAUCCUGCUCCGUCGCCACCCGAAGGCCAGCUACAUUCUGGAACAUGCGUCCAGUCUUCAUGAAGGAGACAUUCAACAAAAUCUAAAACACCGGGCAUUGGAAAUGACUCCAUUCAAUCCAAAUCAACGGAAUUCAGCCGCAUUUAUUUUGCCUGGGCAUUGGGGAAAUGUUCCCCUCACGGGUAGCGUUCAGCAUCCUUUCGGCGAAAUCUACUUGGCGCGAGGCCAACGUGACAUUCCGGAACUAAAUUUGGGAGAGGAAGUAAGAGUAGAUUGCGUUGCAAUCUCACUCCCAGGAACGGACCAGGCAAGCGACGGAAACGAAGUAGAAGAGACAGGUGGGCUUCAAAGUCCGAACUCAUUGCCCGAUCUUUGUGAAUUCAGUUUAGAAGACAAAUGGCGGAGGCUCUGGGAGGCUGCUCCAGUGCACUUGAAUCUAGAGGACCUAGAGAAACACCCAUCGGACUUGAUUGGUUGA